AAAGCAGAUAAGUGUACUAUUGCAUUAGUGAAUGCAACAAGGAAAUUUUAAAUACAACAAUUAAUCAUAAUCUUUAAACAAUUGACAAUUCUCAGAGAGCGUAAAAAAAAAAUUGACUAAUGUACAUAAUUUACAAAAAUUUAUAGUCCGCGCCAACUUCAUUCUACGCCUUUGUUGUUUAAAUAAUCGAGAUCGAAAUUCACGCAAUUUAUAUAGUACGUGAUCAUGGCUGUGUUAUGCAAAUCAACACGUUUUUCCCGUAACUUUUUAAAUAAAAAUAUUUUAAUACGUGAAAAUAAAUUAAUAAGAUCAUUCAGAACAGUCGUACAGGAGCAAAAACCUACAAGAGGAAUAAUAAAAACUAGUAUUAUUGGAGCAGUUGUUGGUACAGCGAUAGGUACAGGUUAUGCGUAUUGGAAAAUUGAACGCGAUAGAAAAAAUUUAUCCCUCGAAGGCAGCGAAAUAAAUGUUGACAUACUCAAGUACAAACCACCAAUUGAACCAUCAAGACGGAUCGUGUCGCCGGUAGAUCCAACCGGUUUGAAGCUGACACUAUUUCAGUAUCAGUCAUGUCCAUUCUGCUGUAAAGUCCGGACGUUUUUGGACUACUACGGAAUUUCCUACGAUGUAGUUGAAGUGGACCCAGUGCUGAGACGCGAGAUCAGCUGGUCGUCGUACAGAAAAGUUCCUAUUUUGCUGGCCAAAGUUGACGGCGGCUACCGUCCCCUGAAUGACAGUUCCAUGAUCGUGUCAGUGCUAGCCUCUCAUCUAAAUGACAAGUCGUACAAUUUAAAUGAUCUUGCAAAGUAUUACCCAGUUAUCGCGAUGAAUGACGAUGACGGAAAGUUCAAACAAGAGAUUAUCAACAAGUAUUUCCUUAUGUACCAAGGAGAGAUACCGAAGGAUCGGACACUAGACGAUAUUAUGGAAGAACGCAAAUGGAGAAAAUGGGCUGAUGAUGUACUGGUUCAUACUUUAUCUCCAAAUGUCUACAGAACACUGGGCGAAGCCUAUGAAACUUUCCAAUGGUUUUCGGAUGUCGGAAAGUGGGAAGAAUAUUUUCCGACGUGGGAAAGAAAGCUUAUGAUAAAUGUAGGAGCUUGGGCCAUGUGGAUGAUAGGAAAAAGGCUGCAGAAAAGGCACCACUUGAAGACAGAUGUCCGGGAGUCAUUUUACGAGGAGUUGAACCACUGGCUGAAGGCAAUUGAAGCACGAGGGUCAUCAUUUAUGGGUGGUAGUAAUCCAGACUUGUCGGAUUUGGCUGUCUACGGUGUGCUGCGCAGUAUUGAAGGCUGCCAAGCAUUUAAAGAUGCACUCGAACACACCAAAUUAUCAGGCUGGUACCAAGCGAUGACCGAGCGCGUUAAUAAUCACGGUGGCGCUUCAAUGUUAGCUGGUUAAAUCUUUUAAUUUAAUUAGGUAAAAUAAUAAUUAAUAAAUUUAUUUAAUUAAAUUCUA